AGUGUCAUUCAACACAUGACAGUCACAAUAUCCUUUAUCACAUUGAAGCUCUACUCAGCAGGGUCUCAUGAUAUAAUUUACCUUUCUGUCACAGGGCUGGGAGAAGGUUCUGCUCUUCUUCACCCAGACAGCAGGUCCCACCCUCGAUCCUUGGAGAAGAGUGCCUGGAGRGCUUUCAAGGAGUCACAGUGCCAUCAUAUGCUGAAACACCUUCACAAUGGAGCCCGGAUCACUGUCCAGAUGCCCCCCAAUAUUGAGGGCCACUGGGUCUCUACUGGCUGCGAAGUUAGAGCAGGCCCAGAGUUCAUCACAAGAUCUUACAGGUUCUACCACAACAAUACCUUCAAGGCUUAUCAGUUCUAUUACGGUGGCAAUCGCUGCACAAAUCCCAUCUACACCUUGGUCAUACGUGGCAAGAUACGGCUCCGACAGGCGUCCUGGAUCAUCCGGGGGGGCACCGAGGCCGACUAUCAGCUCCGCAGCAUACAGAUCAUAUGCCACAACGAAGCAGUAGCCAAAAAGUUAAGYGAGUUGGUGAACCAGACGUGUCCUGGAUUUAUCCCAGAAGAUAGUCCCUGGGAGCAGGAUGUGAGCUACGAUUUGCUGAGAGAAGAGAAUGGCUGUGAAUGCACCAAAGCUCUGAAUUUUGCCAUGCACGAGCUCCAGCUGAUCCGCGUGGAGAAGCAGUAUCUGCACCACAAUUUAGACCACCUUGUGGAGGAGCUGUUCCUCGGAGACAUUCACACYGAUGCUACUCAGAGGAGAUACUAUCGGCCCUCCAGCUACCAACCUCCCCUUCAAAAUGCCAAGAACCACGACCGCACGUGUAUCGCGUGCAGAAUCAUCUACCGCUCGGACGAGCACCACCCRCCCAUCCUGCCCCCCAAGGCUGACCUGACCAUCGGGCUGCACGGAGAGUGGGUGAGCCAGCGCUGCGAGGUGCGSCCGGAGGUGCUCUUCCUGACUCGGCACUUCAUCUUCCACGACAACAACAACACCUGGGAGGGGCACUACUACCACUACUCCGACCCCAUCUGCAAACACCCCACCUUCACCAUCUAUGCCAAGGGACGCUACAGCCGGGGAGUCCACUCUUCCAAAGUCAUGGGUGGCACGGAGUUUGUGUUCAAAGUGAAUCACAUGAAGGUCACUCCCAUGGAUAUAUCCACAGCCUCGCUGCUCAAUGUCUUCAACGGGAAUGAGUGUGGUGCCCAGGGAUCCUGGCAGGUUGGGGUUCAGCAGGAUGUCACRCACACCAACGGCUGCAUCGCGCUCGGCAUCCGCCUACCUCACACCGAGUACGAAAUCUUCAAGAUGGAGCAGGAUGCCCUGGGCAGGUACCUGCUGUACAAUGGCCAGAGACCGAGCGACGGCUCCAGCCCCGACCGACCCGAGAAAAGAGCCACUUCCUACCAGAUGCCUUUAAUUCAGUGUGCCUCAUCAGUACCCAGGUCUGAAGAGUCACCAGAGGAGAAUAAAAUCAGGCUGUAUAGCAGCAGGGCUCCGGAAAAAUAUCCCAGCGCCUCAGCCCUUGCUUUGUUGUUUAUUUGUACUGUGUCAUAUUGGGACAUUCUCAGCUAGAAGCGAGGAAAACUUAUUUUUCAUGACUACAAAGCCAGGAUUCCACCAGACUGGGGGUUGUUUUUCUUCAGAGAGAAAGGGACAUUUAUUUUCGUGAUGCACUUGAAUGCCAGAGAACUGUUGUUCUUUUCCUUACUUCCCUCUUCCUCCUCGAAUCCCGAACGGCACUCGUUUGAUGUUUGUGCUUUGAACUUCAUCCAGUCUGAUCCCUGGCCUGACACGACUGCACAAAAGUAAUUGCACUUUAGGACUGCAGACUUCUGGGGGGAGGGAGGGUUGUGUUUAACUGCUGGGAUGAACUUUAUGAUCCUGCUUCAGUCAUGUCUGCCAUCUUAACUGUUGUGGUACUCUUAUCCCCAAUGCCCAGUUACUCAUCAGAAUUUAUCUCUGGGGRAGGGCUCAGUGUUGUGCCAGUACUGUGAUAGCAGCUUCCCCCUGUGCCUUCACAGCUCUGAUGUAGAUAUGUAUAUAAGGAGGAAACCUGCAGAGAUUUAUCUUGCCAUURUCUCACAGCUCAUAAUACAGAAAGAAUCAGCAAAUCAACAGCCCUCUGUUCAAAAAGUGCUAAAUGGUUGAUACCCCUAAUUAAAAAAAAUACUCCAAGUAAUUUAAGCUAUUUUUACGAUCACUAAUUGUAAAAAUAACCAGUGGUUUAAUAUUUUCUCAUUCAAUUAACUUAGCUAUGUAUUUGCUUUGAGGCCUCCCUUUGUAUCUAGCAAGUAGUUAAAACCAAGCCCACUCAGAGCCAGCCAGCAGCAGUUUUCCUGUGGGAUGCACAGAGUGCAGGUAAGCUGCCAAUAUGAGGCUGCAGGAACAACCUCUCUUUUCAUACUCCUGAGGCCUUACAUACUCCACGUGCAGUACUUGUGCUGAACGGGCAGAGUAAAACAAGUGGGAUCUGAUGUGUUCUGCAGCCCUAUUUAGCAGCAUCUUUUUUGUCAUGUGACCUCAUGUAAGAACAGGGGAAAGGGUUAAAGCAGCAAGCACACCGUGGUCCCUGGUAGAGCAAGAAAGCAGCUGGAAACAGACCCACAGAUGGAGGGACACYGGCCCAGUCAUACAGAGCAAAGAGCAAGAGAUGCCCAAAUGCAACCACGUCCUCCCUUUUCUCCUUGCUGAACUGUCCAACACAUGGUUUCAUAGAGCUUAAAUCAGCAUUGGUUUGGGGAGACACUGCUGGGAAGGUGGAUAGACACAGCCCUCAGAGUKCAUUUGUCAACAAAAGCCUGCCCUGGAAACUCUGAGGUUUCUCUCAGUGGUGAAUACAUCCUUUUGUGCACUGAUGCAAAUCAGAGCAGACUCUGGAAGCYGUAGGGGAGAUGUUUAAGGCCAGCAAGGAGUUAGAAGUUCAUAGAUGAGCCCAGCUCCCUGCCUUUAAUGGGGAGUGAACUGAGGGCAUAGCUUAACCUUGCAGCAUUUGGGCUGUGGUUUGUACUGAUAUACACAUGCUUUUGCUCACAGGAGGAGCAGAAAUAUUUGUAAGGAACACAAGGAGUAAGGUCGUAGCAUUUCGUCACAGUAUCAGCAGCUGCUAGCUGCCCAGUCUGGUACUAUGUCAGAAAAAGAGCCUUUAAUGUGUUAUUUUCAGUAUCCUAGGAAAAGCUUUGAAUGGAGGUCUUUCAACUUUACUUAGUGAGUCUUCAUACUGUCUACUGUAGAAAAAGCAUUCUCUGAAACCAUGGAUGUGAGUUUCCUCAGAGUUGGAACAGAAUCAGUUCACCUAGUUUUGAGACAGCAGRAAGACAGAGGGAAGGAGCGGUAUGUAGACUGACUGCUGAGUCARACCAAAUCUUUCAUAUUUUUCCCUCAGACAAAUGAAAAGUCAAAGAAAACUAAGUCAGAGUCAGGAAUGGAGCUCAGUAGUCACCAGAGAAAGUGUUUAUCCAUCCAUCUAGUGUCACAUCCUCCUUCAGCCURUUGGAAGGAACUGAAAACCAGCACACCGUGGUGAAUUGAGCUCUAUGAACAACAACAGCURUUCUGAUCAGCCUUUCUUGAUGGUUUCCUGCUCUGUGUAACSAAACCUACUUGAAGAGCCAGUUGCUGGUGAGGGGCAUCAGGAGCACGGUUUUAACUAGAGGGUCAAGAAGGAGACAGGAUGCCCCUGACAAAGUUAGGAACCAACGUGGAGUUUGGUUUUCUCUAGACUGAGUUUUGUAGUCAUCAGAUUGACACCAGCAUAUCUCUAACUGGGUUACASAGCUGUUACAGUCAAAUUCCUUAAAUUAAAUACCUGCUUCAUUUCUGACUGCUGUUUGAGAUAUAGCAGCAUGAGUGAAUUCACACUAGUUUUUAUUGAAGAGGGUGGAUAUUGUGUGGCAUGCCUUAGAUCACACAAGACAAGCUGCUUUUACCGCCAUUGACCAUUGCCACGUUAGGUGGUUCCAUCUCUGAAAARAUAUCCAGUUAGAAGAUGUCAGACMAUGUCCCUUGCCUGUGCAAGUGCCACACACAGCUCAAUUCCAGCUGAAAUUGCACAUGCUUGUGAUGCAGGAUGGAAGCAAAGACUGAAGGAACUGCUCCACAGCAUGAUUUCUGUAUUCAUCAGGACAAUCAUCUACAGUUUGUUAAUGCUUUGUGGCUCCUCUGUAACUUGCCUAAUGUCAAAAAUGUUACAACCAUUUCAAAAGAAAGAUCUGUCUAGUUAUAACCUCUAAAAGCAUAUUCAUAUUUCAGCUGUUUUGAAUCACAGAUUUGCAAAGGUCUAGGUUUUCCAAAGCUUAUGAUUAGACUACAUGAAAAUAUGACUCACUGUACAAAUGGUACAAUAAAUGCUCUUUUUCCCCCUGUCAUUUAAAGACACUUGAAAAGGAAMUAUUUUAAAAAGGUCUCCACAGUGCUUUACAUGAAAUCUGAUUGGUGACUUCUGUAGUUUAUUUGUAGUGUUGACCAGAAACAUAAYUUUAUGAUCUGGAUUCUUAGCAUAUGCUGCACCAGUUUCCCUCCAUGUGCCUAUAAUUUUUUUCAUUUUUCUUUUAGCCAACACAAAUCAAGUUGGGCAAAUACAUAAGUCUUUAGAGUGCAUAGUUUAUGUGCUAGUCCGUAUAUUCUGCAAGGCUUCUCCUUGCUUGCAGGCACAGAACAAGGAGCUAAGCUUAUCCCCUCUUUUGGUUUAAUCACACUCUAGAUUAACUGCUGCACAGCACUGCAUACAUAUGUGACACAACAUAUUCCAUUCAUUUUAUUUCUCCAACCUGACCUCAUGUGCUGGCAGCCCUGGCUGCUAAAGAAGUUAAGGUGCAAGUGGUUUAGCAGUGGAAGACCUACAAACUGUGUGAUUUGUCCCUUGGUGAAAUGCAGAAGCUUUAAAAAAAAGAA